ACUAUCCCACGUUAACAAGUUCGCUGCGAAUAGCAGCUGCACAAUAUUUGCUGUGCAUGAAAAAAUUUAAUUUUUAUAUUUUAACAAAACGAGGCCGCCAAUUAUAAACACACAAAGGCCUAGCCCCAAAGAAUGAUGCUUUUCAUGCUGCUGUUCAGUCGGCAGGGCAAGCUACGGCUGCAGAAGUGGUACAUGGCCUAUCCGGAUAAGGUGAAAAAGAAGAUCACCAGGGAGCUAGUGACCACGAUACUGGCCCGCAAGCCCAAGAUGUGCUCGUUUCUGGAGUGGAAGGACUGCAAAAUCGUAUACAAGAGAUAUGCCAGCUUGUACUUCUGUUGCGCCAUUGAGCAGAACGACAAUGAGUUGCUGACCCUAGAGAUCAUCCAUCGCUAUGUGGAGCUAUUGGAUAAGUACUUUGGCAGCGUUUGCGAGCUGGACAUCAUAUUCAAUUUCGAGAAGGCGUACUUCAUCCUGGAUGAGCUGCUAAUUGGCGGCGAGAUCCAGGAGACUUCAAAGAAGAAUGUACUUAAAGCGAUUGCUUCACAGGAUCUGCUACAAGAGCACACAUCUGAUACUACCACUGAAACUACAUACAUUCUAUUGCUACUACUAUUUCUUCCAUCUACUCUUCUCGUUCUUAUUGUUCUCUCUAUUCUGUGUACUCCAGGACGAAGCCGUUGAAGGCACUUUAAGAGAUAUUGGACUCCUCUAAAAAAGACAAAUUCCGUAGAACCCAUAUUAGUUGAUAUUUACACACACACAAACAAACACACAACCCACAAGAACAGCAAUCCUCUGCGCACAGACACUUGCACACCGCACUCUUUUGACACUUGCCAACACCUAAAAACUGAAUGCGUGUGGGUGUGUGUGAGUGGGGGCUGUUGUACAGCACUGAAUCCUUGAAGCUGACGAAGAGGAAGCAAGGGAGGCUCCAAAGAAAUAAAGCCCACAGAGAAAAACAAAACAAAGUAUAAAUGAUAUUCCCAUGGCCGAGCAUCCAUUCAAAACAGCAUAAAUAUUGGCACACGGUUCCUACACAUAUUUUGUUUAAUUAUACCAAUAAGAAUACAUAUAUACACACAUACACACACACACAUAACAUAUGUAGAUCCAACAGACAGGGAAAAGUUCAUGCAAAACAUCUGAAACUCACGUAGAACCAUCCCAGGGGUCACGAUAGAUCAUUAAACCAAAUCCAGCAUUUGAAUUAAUUUUCCUCUUUUACAAUAUCUCUUCAUGAAAGAUCAUUCCAAAUCAGUCGUCAAAAUGGGCAAUAAUUAAAUUUUAGAGAGGGGAUUUAUGCAAUACUAUUUUUACCAUAGAAAAACGUAAGCUUUAAUGUGGAACAUGAAAAAUAUAUAAUUGAAAAAAA